AUGGCUGCCAAGGGAGACAAGAUCGAAAAAAUCAUCACGCGACUGCAGGCUCGCAUCGCCGAAGGCCAGUUCUACGAGGCCCAGCAGCAAACGCGCGUAGUCGCCGCUCGUUACAUCAAGGCCGCAAACUGGCCCGCUGCCAUCGACAUCCUCUACAAUGUCGCCCAGUCUCUCCUCAAGGCCGGUCAGGGAGGCUCCGGUGGCGACUUAUGUGUUUUGCUUGUCGACGUCUUCAAGCAGGCAGAGCUGAAGCCCGACUCCGCGAACAAGGGCAAGCUGCUUACUUGCUUGCGUUUAUUCCCUGCCGAGGAACCUACGAGGAAGAAGUUCGUAGGAGAGAUGAUUGCUUGGUCUUCCAAAUUCGGCGAAUACCCCGCAGGCGACGCCGACCUGCACCACGUUGCCGGAUCACUCUACGCCGAAGAGCAUGAACCCUACGAGGCGGAAAGGCAUUUGGUAUUAGGAACGAAGGACUCGGCUGAGGUCCUCGCUCGUAUGGAAUAUACUUGGUACAAGGAAGACGACUCGCACACGGCCCCGCUCUACGCCGCCCGCGCCAUCCUCCCCUACCUUCUCGUUGGCAACCUCCGCGCCGCGAACACCUGCUACCGCCUCUUCACCUCCUCCCUCAAUGACGACAACAAGGGCCUCGGCGUUCAAGAUGUCAGCAGCAAUACCGCCGACCUGCGAAUCUUCCCAGGCCUGCCCCUCCUCAACUUCCUCGGCCUCCUCCUGAUCGCCGUCCAGCGCGGCGCUCCCGACGUCUACAAGCAGCUUGUAACGAAGUACUCAGCCAACAUCUCCGAGGUUGGCUCAUGGGCAGAAUCUCUUGAGCUGAUUGCUGAGAUGUACUUUGGCAUCACGCGCCCGCGACAGAGCAACCCGCUCAUGGACAUGAUGGGCAGCUUGUUCGGCGGAGCCGGUGGCGGCGCUCCUCCCCAGCAAAGACGGCCUACGCCCAGACGUGUGGAGGCACCCCAGGCCGAGGGACUUGACUAG